AUGAAGAUCAAAGCCCACCCAGCAACCGUUCAAGACCUUGACCAGAACGGUCAUCCCAUCCUUCACAAAACAAGAACAGCAACACGAAUUACAAAGGCGAACUCUGGUUCUACGCUUUCACAGAGAACGAGGAUGCCGUACGCUUUCCAUAACGGGAGACCAAUGCCGACAGUCAUAUAUGGAAAAUGUAACCACAGCCUCCCAAUCGAGGAGAUGGCAAAAAUCUACCAGAGUUAUGAGAAGAAAGUUCCCAUGACAAUAUUCACUCGCAGUCAAGAUCGGAGUCGCGAAAGGAACGAAGUUCCAGGAUGUAGGUUCCGGAAAUUAUUUGGAACAGAUGAAGGCGAAGUCAUACAAUCCACUCAAGCCUCUCAACAAAACCAGUGCGUCGGACUGACGGCCUUUAUCCCUGAAAGAGACAAGCAGGUCACUGAUCCCAAAAUCUAUGUGGAGCAAUCAAUUAAACGAGGUGGGCACGAGAAGAUUAUAAUACACGAAUUGGCGUUUGGUGGCCAAAUCCAAACGGAUGUUGACUACGUAUUUCGGGGAAUUGGUGAUGAGCACCCUGAAUUUGGGAAGAGAGACUUGAGGGUUCGGAUACGUUGUGUAAAUGAUGAGAGUUUCGAAACUUACAUGGGUGGCGCUGGAUACUACGGCUACGACCGGACGGAACAUGCCAUGAUGAACAGAGCAAUGCUCGAUCGUGGCCAAGCAUAUUCAUUGCAGAAAUCUAACUGGGGGGAUGAAUCAUAUCAACAUAGCGUUACCAUUAACCCGGCAGAUCUUCGGAUUCUGCUGGAUGCGAAGCGAGGGAAUGAAAAAGAUAGGAAGCAGGGAGUAACCGGCGAAGUCGAAUUACUUAGACUAUGUAUGCAUAAAGUUCUAUUGUCUGAAGAUGGGAGAGGUGUCGGCGAUUUCGAGCUGCGAAUUAUUUAUAAGCCUUGA